GCCAUAUUUCUAUUCUGAAGAUGGACAAAUUAUUCCAGAACUACCAUAUCCGUAUGAAAUAAAGGUUGAUGAUUUAGUCAAGGAUUUGUUAUCGAAAUAUGAAACGAAAUCACCGAAAAUGUUGAAUGAGUUCUUUAUUUAUCGUAAGGCAUUUGUUCAAAAAUUCAAGAAACAGAAACUUCGACCAAAGAUGACACAAGUAUCUUCAUUGGCGUCAACAUCUUGA